AUGCUCGGCCAGACCUUCGACUCGAGGAGGAGAGGGUCAAUCAGCAUGGCGGGGGAGACGCACGAACGGCGCAGAGAACAGCACCAGCUGACACUCUCGUUCUUCGCCGUCAAACAGGACGUUCUCGCGGCCAACGCCAACGGCAUCCUCCUCUUCAACAAGUGGGAUGCCUCCGAGGUCGAGGUCAAGGACAUCUCGUUGACGGACUACAUCCAAGUCCGCAACUCGAUCCUCCUCCCUCACACUGCCGGACGCUACGCGACCAAGCAGUUCCGCAAGGCUCAGAUGCCCAUCGUUGAGCGCCUCGUCAACAGCCUCAUGAUGAACGGCCGCAACAACGGCAAGAAGCAGAUGGCCGUCCGCAUCGUCGCGCACGCGUUCGAGAUCGUCCACCUCCUCACGGACCAGAACCCGAUCCAGGUCCUCGUCGACGCGAUCGUCAACACCGGUCCCCGCGAGGACUCGACCCGCAUCGGCUCGCAGGGUACCGUCCGUCGCCAGGCCGUCGACGUCUCGCCCCUCCGUCGCGUCAACCAGGCUAUCGCGCUCAUCACUAUCGGUGUUCGCGAGUCGUCGUUCCGCAACGUCAAGAGCAUCUCGGAGUGCCUCGCUGACGAGCUCAUCAACGCGGCCAAGGGCUCGUCGAACUCGUACGCCAUCAAGAAGAAGGACGAGCUCGAGCGUGUCGCCAAGUCCAACCGUUAA